AUGAUAGAUUUAAAUCCAGCUAAUUGGAACAAAGAAAAUAUUUGUGAUUUACCUCUUUCUAAGUUUAUUAAUCCUUCAAUUAAUUCUUUAAUUAAUGGACAAUGUGAAGAAUUGGAUAGUAAAAAGUUUUUGAAAAUUAACAAAAUAUCUGGCAACAAUGAAUAUUUGGAAGAAGAAAAUUUUAAAGUUAAAAGAGGACGUUUUGAAAUUGAAGAGAAAAUUGAAAAAAAUUGUGGAGAAAAUGAAAAUUUUGGUGGCAAGGAAGGAGGAGAGGACCAGCCUAAAAAUGAUGAAGCUGAAAGUUUGGAGAGUCUUUAUUGUUGGUGGGCAGAACGCCAAAAUUUUCGGGAUCACAAAGCCAAAUUAGCCUCCUCAAGAUGUUUAUUUCCAAUUACUCAAACGAAACAAAAUUUAACGAAAGAAAUUCAAAAUUUGGAAUCUUCUUCAAAAGAAGUUAAAGCACGUAUUGUUUUGGGGGAAUUAUUUUGUUAUGUUCUGUCGCCUUUUAAAAACCAAGAAUAUUCUGAUGAGGAAGAAGAAAUUGAGGGAGAUGAAUUACCAAUACAGCAACAGAAAAUCUGUUUAACUCCAAAUAAAGUAUAUUAA